AUGCUAGCAGGCGGAAGCAGUCAAGAUGCUCUUUCACUCGACGGCAUCGGAGACCGGCAAAGCAAAGCAGGGUCCCAGCAGCACUCACCCAGAGCUUCCUCUGCCCUCCCGGGAGAGUCUCCACAACCUUCAUCGUCCAAGGCAUCGGAGAGAAGCGACCGAAGUGAUCAAGCGUUCUGGAACCCGUUUGUCCACAGCGAUAGUGAGAUUGCGAGCACCCACACGCGGUCCGAGUCUAGCGACAUGCCGUUGCAGCCGCCGCAGCCUUUUUUUUCUCGUCCUGGCAACCUUCCAGAGCAGGAGGCUCCCGCCAGGCCGCCUGGUAUCUGGACGAAGCCGACGCAAAUGGGGUCGCUCGAAGGCGAGCCCAAGCUGUCCAGCGACAAGCCUCCGAUAACGGCUCCAUCCCGGCCGCCAGGAGUCUUCCAUGCGCGACCUUCCUCCAGCAGCACAUUCAACUUGAAUGCUCCAGUGUUCGUCCCUCAAGGGCACGCAGCAAAGAGCGAGCCGCCAGAAGCAAACCAGGACAAAAGAAUCGGCAACACGCCAUCACGCAUGCUGACAAGCCCCGCGACGAAAGACUGCCAGGAUGGGGCUACAUCGCCG